AUGUCUGCAAAAACGUUCAUACAUAUACUCCGACGGUUUUUCGCCACAACAGCGUAUCCGAGAUGGAUUGUGUGCGACAGUUCGAAAACAUUCAAAGCAAUAGCAGAGUUACACGGAUCAUUCCGCACAGAAACAGGAGAGAACUCAGACAUCACUGACUAUUGCGCUCAAAGAAAGAUUGAAUUCAAGUUUAUUCCGAGUUACAGUCCAUGGCAAGGCGGACUGUAUGAAAAAAUGAUUCAUAUCUUCAAGGUCUCAUUCAAGCAUGCGCUCAAUAACCGUCAACUGAAGAUACAGGAGCUCCUCACAAUAGCGAAGGAAUCAGAAGCUAUGGUAAAUAGCUGUCCUCUCACUUACGUCUCCGAAGAAAACCACGUUCCUACGCUACGUCCUAUAGAUUUCCUACGACCAUGGACAAGUAUAUCGAUACCAAGACUAUCUGAACCAGAAAGAGAAUGGACGCCAAAAACGACAACAAAGGAACAACUCAUACACGUAUGGAAUACAACCAAUGACAUGCUCAACCGGUUUUGGAAAAGAUGGUGCUCAGAGUACUUCACCAGUUUGCGUGAACAAUACCGUACAACUCAUCCACAUCCGCGUUGCUUCAAUGAAUCAGCACCAAAGAAAAACGACAUCGUUUUGAUUCAUGACAAAAAUCUGGAGCGGGGACAAUGGCAAGUCGGUCAAAAAACAUCAUCAUCUGACGACUUCCAACGCUCAGCUAAAGUACGAUUGCCCUCAAGAACACUGAUCACACGACCAAGAAAUCUGCUCUACAAAUUCGAAACUGAGAAUGGGAAAGAACAUGAAGGGGACCAACCUAAUGUGUCGCCUGAAACUCCAACGCCAACUGAAAAAGGACACCCAAUGAUGACUAGGUCAAAAACUCUACUCAAAAAUGAUGUACUCAAAAAUGAUGCAACACUCUUCACAUUCAUUGCCAUCCUCUCGCAUUGUGACACAGUGAGUGCCAGUACAAGAUGUCCGUCAGAACUUACCCUCCAAAAGACUAUCAUUUAUGCUACAAAUUGCGCAAGCAAAGGAGUAGCAAUAGCUAAACACAAACUCGACGGAAACGACAAGUUAUGUUGGUUCCCCAUCUCCUGCCCCUUCGGAGCAAUACAGAUACCUAUACCAUUUCAUCACAAUCACGCCAUAUGCGUAAGAAAAAUGUCAAUGUCCUACGUGGGCAACUUCCUGUUCGUCCAGCACAAGUCAAAGAACAGCAUCAUCAAAGGUUUCCGCAAUCCUGUUCGAGAUCGCAUCAUACAUACCUUCACACGUAUGCUCCUUUCAACCAUCCUCAAAAUGUGA